AUGAAGUUCUCUGCUACCCUCAUCGCCCUCGUUGCUGCCGGUGUUGCCAACGCCCAGCUCCCCGAUGUUCCCGCUUGCUCGCUCAACUGCUUUGUCUCUGCCCUCACCACCGACGGCUGCAGCAGUCUGACCGACUUCGCCUGCCACUGCUCCAAGCCCCAGCUGGUCUCUGACAUCACCCCCUGUGUCAAGAAGGCUUGCAAGGUCCCCGACCAGAUCUCCGUCUCCAACGCGGUCGUGGCUCAGUGCUCCUCUGCCGGUGUCCCCAUCGUCGUUCCCCCCAUCGAGACCGCCGUCGCUUCCUCCGCCAGCUCCGCCGCCCCCACCAGCGCUGCCGAGACCUCCGCUGCUGAGACCUCCGCUGCUGAGACCACCGUCGCUGUCGCUCCCUCCAGCUCUGAGGAGGCAUCCUCCUCCGUGGUUCUGACCCCCGUCACCACCACUGGCUGGGCCGUCUCUACCCCCGCCUGGGGCUCUUCCUCUGCCUGGGGCUCCUCCGUCGUGACCUCCACCCCUGUUGGCUCCAAGCCCACCGCCAGCUCCAGCGGUGCCGCUGCUGCCACCACCUCCCCUGCCUUCAACGCCGCUGGCAGCAUCAAGGGCAACAUGGCCGGUGUCGCUGCCGCUGCUGUCGUCGCUGCUUACAUUCUGUAA